GUCAUGCCCUCUUCCCGUCAUCCCUCCGUUCGUCUAGCCCUCCUUGCUUUCGCCCUAUCGACUUGGGUAGAAGGCUCCACUCUCCUUCGGAGGUCCGUUCUCAUCGCUUCCGCCUCCUCGCUCUUCCCUCAUGACCGAGAUUUGCCCGAAUUGGAAGAUGAUGAGCUCGAGGAAAGGGAUGGGGCAUGGUGGAAAGCUUUUGUAGGAUGGAUGCAAGCCAGGGGGAGGAGGUUGAGUGAGCUGGAACGAGUGGCCUUUGGGGUUGUAGAUUUGUCGACUGCAUUCCUAAUUCUAAACGGAAUGCACAGCAAACCGCUCCUUCCUUUCCUCCUCACACCUCUGUUCGGCGAGCUUCCGGUCCCCCGUCCGCCUUCCACCCUUCGCGCCCCACGCUGGCGAUACAUCCUGCUCACCUCCUUCGCGCUCACACUUGCGCACUCUCUCGUUCGAGCACUCACUUCCUCCGUUGUUCUGCGACUCACUAGACAACCACCUUUGCUGCCACCCGGAGCGCAAGUAGUGAUCAAAGGCGCCGAUCUACCUCCCUCCGGCAGUUCCAAUGAAGCGACACACGAAGAAUGCCUAAUCUGCUCCGCUCCGGCCGCCAGCUCUUCCCCCCUCGAAGCUUUCUGCACAACCGCACCCAAGUUGCAUCCUGUCCAUCGAGGUUGCUUCUUGCGAUGGCGAGCAGCAUACGCCCAAACGCGGGCGCCAGAGCUGGUACGCUUGCAUGGGCAGGAUGAAGCCGGACCGACGGAUCGGGAAGUCCGGCGGGCAUUGUCAAUCCUCAAAGCUGCUACUCCCGGGGAGGGUGCAGUCACCCUCCAGUUAAGAGUCGUUCCCUGCCCGCCAGAUCUCGCGGACGGGAGUUCUGCGACCGGGAGCGAGCUCUUACUACUCCCUCCCGCUCCUUACCCCGCGAACGUCCACACCCAUCUGGCCACUCUGCUCACGUCUUCCCCUCCCUGUCCAGGAUGUCGGUCCUCCGUACUCCUUCAUUUCGUUCUCCUCCGCAGCUUGGGUCCUCAGAGAAGGAAGAGCCUGGCUGAGCGGUUGCGGAGGGAGGCGAUCGAAUGGGGAAAAGUUGUAACAGGACGAGCUGUGCUGGGGCAGUUUAUUGCCCAGCAGGGAUUUGUUCUGGCGGUGAUGAGUAUGAUGCAGGCUACUGCUGGAGUUGCGGGGGAUGUGUAUGUUAGUGCGGGGUUGUGAUGAAUACAUUGAUCAGGACGAAUUGUCUGAUGACGAAGGCUGCGGCAAGGAAUUCACUUGACAUAUUUCUCUCUGAACUCCUUGUUUAAAU